UGAAUAAACCAAACAGUUAAACUAGAGCAUCCUCCACACACGGCUUCUGGCUCGACGCGACGCGAUGCGUUGGAAGGGGAUGUUUUCUCGGGGUUUCGGUCCUCGCCCUCCUCCGCCUUCUCUUAUAAAAGGCGCGUCGUUUCUUCUCAGGGCAGUUGAACUCACUCGUCCGUCAGUCGGUAUGGACUCAAAGGAUGCUCACGAGAGUUUAGAGAGCGGCGGCGGCGGCGCAGGCGGAGGCGGAGGCGCGCGCUGUCGCUGUAGCAACGGGCGGAGGACCGCGGCGGUGUUCGUCAUCCAGAGUUUAUUAACAGCCGCUUGUGCCGCCUUCAGCCUCAACAUGUUCUUCAGCCAGCAGCCCUUUCCACAGGACAAUGGGAUUUUCAUGCAAAUGCUCAGGUUAGAUUCAGAUGAGUUGAGAUUCACAGCCAUCUGGAACAAGAGUGUGUAUCUGAACAAUGAGAAGAGGGUGAAGCUGUCCUGUGCAGGACCGUACAUGGUCUAUCUGUGGGCUUGUGGGGAGAGCUACGAGACUCCGACGGUUGCCAACCUGACGCUGAAACAGGGAGAUAAAUCGUUCCACCUGCAGACCCUGCGAGACGGGGGGUGCCAGGAGAUGCAAAGCAUUUUCAUGCUUAAUGAAAGAGAAAUCACGCUGAAAGUUGGACUCAUCGAAGACCAAUUCAAGAUUAAAAAGCUCUUCUUAGGCCUCCAAUACAUGCUAGGAUCCCAGUGCUUCAAGUAUCCACUAUAGCUAUCUUUUUAAAGGUGCUCGCUCUUCAGAAGAGAUUCAACUAUGGCAUGACCCUCAGUUUGAGUUACCAUGAAGAAAUAUCUCACCUUGAUUUAAAACUUGCCUGAGUUUGAUGUAUAAUGAUGAUGCCAUAGUCAAACUUUCCCUGGGCCAAAAGUAUAACCAUGAAGCUAAAGAAGAAGACUUGGAGAGCUGCAAAUACAUUUUUCCAUAGCGGAAGAGUCUGUUAUUUUUCCAUACAUUUCUAUAUUAAAGCUUCCUGGCUCUUUAAGAUGGACUAUUUGUGGAACACCUACUGCAUCACAGUGGAAGUGGGCGAUAAUGGCACUUUGUCAGCGCUAAGAGAGCAUACCUCACCACAAUCUGGAUUAGUGGCGUUCCAUAAGCUCUUUGAAUGUAUUGAUACUCUGCUGUUGAAAGAGAAUGGAAGGCCUUUAUUUGAAGUAACCAGCUGCAGAUCAUUUUGAAGCUAAUUCUGAUCAAUGUACAUAGUACUGUCAUUUGAGCAGGAAUAAUUAGAUCACCCUCAGAUAUUGUCCUGAUACAGGUUUCAAAUACUGACAUAGCAAUAAUGUUCUCAAUGUUUGUCAUUAUCAUUAUAUUUAUAUAUACAACUGGAAGAAAUCUCCACAUAUGAAAGGAAAUACCAAAGGGUGGCAUUUAUAUUUUCAAUUUAGGCUUUGGAACAUGUACUGGAUAUGUAUAUUGAUUUUGUAAUACAGAAAUGAAUGUUGUUAUUGUUAUUGUUUUUUCUAAACAAGAUUUUUAAUUAUCUAAAACAGUUUAAUUAUGUAAACUGUAUGUGAUCAAAUGUUUGAUGAUUUAUUAAAAUCAGAGUUACUGGAUAAUGUAAGGAGUUAAUCCACAGAAACUUUCAAAGUUCUGAUAGUGCCCUUUCCCUUUAAGAGCGGAAAAUGUAUUUAUUGAAAUUAAAGUGUUUUUUUUAUAUUAUUAUUAUUAUUAUUAUUAUUAUUAUUAUUAUUAUUAUUUAAUCAAACCACAGCUAUAGUGGUGGUGAAGAAAAGCACUAAAGACCUCAAAAGCAAAAAAAAAAAAAAAAAAAAAAAAACCCUGUAUCAUCCACAUCUCAUUCAUUCACUCAUCAAAUGUAUUUCAGUUCAGUCGUAAUUACAUUUUCAUCUCUUUUUAGUUUGUUUUACUUUUUUUCAUUGUCAGUGCAAUGUGUUUGUUUAUCAAGCAUGAUCUCAGAUGUCUAACCUGCUCAAUCAAAUCCCUGCUGCAGUUUCUCUAGCAAUGCUUUAUUUAUACAGCAAA